AUGUCUUCGCCAGAGGCAUCAGACACCGAAGCAGCUUCCAGCACGCUCUCCAUUGGCGGGGAAGAGCAAUCCACCUCAACGUCCAUCCCUUCCACCUCCUCCUCUCCAAUCCUCCCAUCCGCAACCUCUUCGGAUCUUCCUCCCAGUCCGACCUCAAAGACUGCACAAUUGUCCCCUUCGGAGCGCUCGGGUGCUGCUUCCAAAUUGAAAGAUGAGGGAAAUCAACUCUUCUUGAAACAUGAUUACGAAGGUGCUAAGGUGGCCUUUGGCAAAGCUAUCGCUUUGGAUCCCAGUGUGCCUCAGUUCUGGAGCAACAGAGCCGCCUGCGAGCUCAAGUUGGAGCAGCACGGCUUGGCCAUCGAGGAUGCAAGUGAGUAGACAAGCCGGACACAAUUUGCAGAGGGAAAUGAGGCAAUGAGCAUCUUUGGCGCAUUGGGUCAAGGUGCGAAGAUGCAGAGCAUGAUGAUGUUGUUUCUGCAAGACAGCGGCGCAAACAUGCAAAGGAGGGGGCUCAGAUUGAGUAAGGAAAGGGCGCAUACAUGGCUGACUUUCACACUCUGCAACUUCAUCCCUCUUCAGCCAAAGCCAUCUGUUUGGACGCAUCUUUCGCCAAAGCCUACUAUCGCAGAGCCUCAGCAUUUCUCUCGAUUCUAGAUCCGAAAUCAGCCUUGCCAGACUUGCGCAGGGUAGCCCAGUUGGAGCCCAACAAUAAGACGAUCAGAGGUCAGGUGGACGCGACGACGAAGCUGCUGCGUAGACAACAAUUCGAGAAGGCAAUCGUGAAGCAGGAUGGACCAAAAGCUUGGCAGAGAGCCUUGGAGACGCUCAGAGAAAAUCUACCUACCGUGCACGUGGAAGAGGGCUACGAGGGUCCCAAAUUGAAGGAGGGACCAUUCGCGAAAGAGGGUGACGAUCCGAACGCUGUAGGACCUUUCCUUGGCGCUAUCGAUCAGGUAAGCGCGAAAGCUCCUCUAGACCGACCUUACAAGCCGCCCGCUCAUGCGGCACCGAUUUCCCUUCAAUCAGGAUUUCAUCGACAAGAUGAUAGAGUGGUUCAAAGAUGGAAAACGGUUGCCUAUGCGGUAUGCUUGGCAGAUCAUGCUUGGCGCUCAGCGGGAAUUCCUGAAGGAAGGUGAGCGGAGCCCGGGCAAGCUGGAAGCACCUCAAUACUUCCUCAGAAGCUCAAUUGUCACCUCGGUGCGCCACUACAGGGACGAUUGUGGACUAUACAGUCCCCGAAGGACAGACAAUCGACGUCAUCGGUGAUACCCACGGACAGUACUAUGAUCUUCUGAAUCUCCUCUCAAAGACUGGAAGGCCAUCGAAUACCCACGCCCUCUUGUUCAAUGGCGAUGCUGUCGAUCGAGGCUCUUGGAGCUGCGAAGUUGUGCUCACAAUUUUAGCUUACAAGUGGCUCUAUCCCAAGACUUGUUUCUUCAACCGGUGAGUCGUCUUUCAACCGAGCUUUUCGAUGCGCCCAGUAUCUGACGCAGCGGGAGCUGUUCGCAGAGGCAACCAUGAGACCCACGAUAUGAACACUGUUUAUGGGUUUGAGGCGGAAUGCAAGGCGAAGUUCAACGAGAUGAGUGAGUGAGCGUAUUUCGAGCGCGCACAGGAAUGGGGUUGCUCAUCAUGCACCGCGUCUCUGGUCUUCAUUCGUGCGAUGCGCAGCAUACAAAGUCUUUACCGACGUCUUCGUGUCAUUGCCGCUAGCCACCUUGAUCACCGCUAGUAAGCCCGCCAUUCCGGGUUCGGAGCUGCCAUCUGGCUCUUCCAAAGCGCAGCGAGAACCCAUCCUCUUCGAUGGAGGUAUUAAGCGCUUCUUUGUGGUUCACGGAGGUCUAUUUGCUCAAGACGGCGUUACGUUGGACAACAUUAGAGCUGUGAACAGGUUCGCCGCUGGCGGACAACCACCCAAUUCGGGCAUCAUGCACGACAUGCUCUGGGCCGACCCUUGUGCUGCCAACGGCAGAGCGCCAUCCAAGAGAGGCGUUGGGUAUGGAUUUGGACCGGACAUCAGCAAGGCUUGGUGCACACUGAACAAAAUCACCGCGGUGUUCAGAAGUCACGAGGUCAGGCAAGCGGGGUACGAUGAGGUGAGUCUGGUGCGAGCUGACAGGAUGCGUAGGGAACGCACGAAGCUCAUUUGCUUUUCGUCUGGCCGCUGUCAUUCGCGACAGGAACACGAGGGUCUGAUAUGCACCGUCUUCUCAGCUCCAAAUUACUGCGACCAAGGAGCAAAUGAAGGGGUGAGUGCUCGUUUUUGAUCUGCUACAUCAACGCGUGGGCCUGCAAAGAAGCUCCUUGUUCAUCGCCUUCCCUCUACCUUGCCCAUGCAGGCCUUUGCGCGCGUCGACGAACGAGGGACAUACGUCUUUCACAAGUACACUGCGGUGCCACAUCCUAAUUUGCCGCCUAUGUAUUACAGCAACCAAGGCGGUAUGCGAGGCAUGCUGUCGUGA